AUGUCCCUUCGCCGCCGCGUCCCGCUGCCACGGCUCCUCCUCCUCGCCCUCUCCGCGUCCCUGCUGCUGCUGCUGCUGGCGCCGCGCCUGCCAGCAGCAGCCAGCGCCGCGCUUGCCGCCUCUGCGCAGGGUUCCGCCUCCGCGCAGGGUGCCGCCGCCUCCGCGCAGGAUGAUGCUGCCCCGACAGCUCCCCCGCCCACCGAGUCGCUGUACGCGAUCGCGAUGAGCGCGCUCCGCGCCAAGAGUCUCAUGGAGAGCUCCGCGGGAACCUCCGCGGGAAUCUUGGACAACCCGUCGCCGACUAAGGCGCAGUUCGUGGCGGAGUUGAAGGCGCUCGUUAAGAGGCUCAACGCGCGUGGCUGCAGCAUCUUCGGGAAAGUAGUGCGAACAUUCCUGUCCAGUGCUGAAAAAACUGCUGAUGCCGACUUUGUCUACGCCCCACUCACCUUCCUCGCGCCCACCGACGCGGCCUUCUUCCGAGCCCUCUUCCGUUCGAGACACUCGAUGUCGAGAAAAGUCGCCCUCUUCCACAUACUCGUCGACCUCUACAGCCUAAAGAAGCUGAAAGCAGUGCCGGACAGGAACGGGCUUUUUCCAUUGCUGUUUUUCAGCUCACUCGGGUCAUCGAGCGACAAGUAUGUGCUUGUGAAGCACAGCGUGCGGCCGAACCUGAUUUUUAACCCCGGGACGAAGGUGGCAUUCAGUGCGUGGAAUGCGUCGACGCUGUUCUGGGCGCAGGUGGACACGAGGAGGCUGUUUGAGGGGUCGUUUGUGAAGGCCCACCAGCUGGAUCGUGUGCUUUUGCCCUAG